AUAUUGAAGGCACAUCAUCAUUAGCAUCAUCUUGUCACGUUUUACAAACCAACACGUCCAAACCCUGUCUUGUAUUUAUGGGUGUUGUGCGAAUGGCCGCUCUUUUCGUCGGUGUGCCUGAAGUUCAGUGUCACGCGGUGCAACGCUGGAAGCGUUUGGAAAGAGUAUUGAUUAUACUCAUCGUCAUCUUAGCCUUAGCUUUCGUGUUCGCUGCGGCUAAGUUGUGGAAGCGGGGAGCCCGUGCAAUGUCUACCGUCGAAACCGCCGAGUUGAAACCACCAGAGUCGAAACCGUCUGUGCCGAAACCCCGUUGGGGCUGGGCAGUGAAAGAGAGGUGCCAACAGCCUCUUGACGUCCUCGUGUUUGUGAUGAGUUCGGCCGACGAGUGGUCCCACCGGGCCGCCAUGCGGGGCACACUCUUCGAAGAGGCGGCCCUGCGGCGCUUCAACAACUGGGCGGCGGUGUUCUUCACGACACGAGGCUCCGACAGCGACGAGCUGCGGAAUGCGUGGCUCGACUUGGAGGCGCACGCAACGGGAGAUUUGGUGGUUCUUCCAAACGUAGACGCUAGCGCCAUCUCAGCCGGCAAAUUAGUGGCCGGCAUGCAGUGGGUGGUCGACCACUGCCCGGAUGCAGCGCUCAUCCUGAAGAUGGAUGACUUCGUCCUGGUGGAGCCUUUCAAGCUGGUGGAGUACCUGCAGAAGCAGGUGGCUUUCAGCCCCCCCAGCUUGCACUGCCACGUCCGGCCGGGUGACCUUGAGUCUCCCUUCUGCAUGGACUCUACCAUGAUGAUGACCUCCCAAGUCAUGCGCGCUCUGUUGAAGGCGGCGGCCACUACCACACACACAGGGGACGACGUGCAUUUCUCUGGUCGCCUGGCGGCGCUUCUGCGCCUCGGGCACGUCAACACCCAGGCGAUGUUCGAGUGGGAUCCGGCCAAGACGAGCUGCAUCUACAAAGGCAGCUGCACGUUCGCGCACAACUACAACAACUGGGAGCGCACGAUGGGCCAACGGGCGCUGUGGAACCUCGUCCUUUGGCAUCGCAGGCUCUAUGCAGGGGACAAGGUUGAACUGUCUGCUAGGCUAGAUGCCAGAGACUACAGGAAUAUGUUCGAGGAGAUCAAGAAUUAUCUGCAGCGUCCCUAUGACGAGGACGAUAACACCGAGAAAUCUGCUCCAUCGAGUGACAAGCGCUUUGCUCACAGCAGAUUGUAAGUUGACAAGACAGUGCGCGGCUAUUCACAGUGUGCACCUGUGACGUUUUUCGCAUACAUUGUUACAAAAGUCUUAAGCCAGACUCAAAAAGCACAAAAUAAAGUGUCUACCUCGA